AUGCCAUCGAUUCUCUCCCCGGGGCUCAGGGCGGCUCCAGGUGUAGCGGCGGCCGUUGUCCGCAGGGCUCCAGCCAUCACUGCUCGAUACGACUGGAUUCUUGCCAUAACGACUAUUGCUUUCAUUUUUAGUUCGUUUGGUAAUGGAGCCAACGAUGUCGCCAAUUCGUACGCCACCUCGGUUGCAGCAAGAACUCUCACGAUGCCCCAAGUCGGCUUCCUUUCCGUAAUCACCGAAUUUGUCGGCGCCGUCGCCCUGGGUUCACGUGUAACCGGCACCAUCAAGAACAAUAUCAUCGGUAUUAGUCGAUUCACGAAUGCUGAAAACCCCGGUACUUUAAUGCUUAUCAUGGGCUGCAGUGAAGUUGGAAGUGCUACUUGGCUCAUGUUGGCAACCUACCUCGGAUUUCCAGUUUCUACCACGCAAACAGUGGUCGGCGCGUUGAUAGGUUCUGGAUUUGCCUCGCAAGCUUCGAUCAAAUGGGAAUGGACGUCUGGAUCUGUAUCGCAGGUUGCAGCCUCGUGGGGUAUCGCACCUGCCAUCGCUGCCGCAUUCGCCGCGCUAAUUUUCGGGAUCGUCAAGUACACUGUUCUGGAGAGGAAGGACUCAUUUAAGUGGGCCAUGCGCUUGAUUCCAUUUUACAUCGCCACUACGUGCUCAAUCCUUGCCCUCUUCAUUGUCGUUGAAGCGCCCACCGCUCCAUCCCUCGAAGAAUUUGGAGCAGGCAAAGCAGUCGGUAUCAUUCUCGGUGUCUGGGCUGGAAUGCUGCUCGUUAGCUAUAUCUUCUUUGUACCUUACUUUGAACGACGCCUUAUACGCGAGGACAACACAGUGAAGUUCUAUCACAUCCCACUAGGACCACUCCUCCGCAGACAGGGACCGCCCCUAUACUUCCCGGCAAAACACAGCGAGAAAUUUGUCAUCGACUAUUACGAAGACUCUUACGGCACAUCUUCAACUGAUUCGAUCGCGGCAGAGAAACGAGAUAUCCAACUCAAGCAAGGUGAUAACGGAGAUAUACCACAAGAGCCUUCCACAACUGAUACGUCUGUGCUCGAAAAGGGUGAUAUUACACCAGCGAAUGAGUCGAGACCUGUUCUCCGUAAGCGCGCAUUAACCCCAGAAGAGCGGUUCUUACAGCCGAAUGCACAUCUCUCAGUACUGCACCCGCAGCGCCUUCUAGGCUAUCUAAAGUUCGCCUUACUCCAAGGCGUUACUCGUGAUUGUGUCUCCCACGACUCCGCCAAACUCCGCGAGAUCCAUGCACGCGCUAGCAAGUACGAUGUUAGAGUUGAGCAUCUUUGGACUUAUUGCCAGGUUGCCUCCGCCAUUAUGAUGUCUAUUGCCCACGGUUCUAAUGAUGUGGCGAACGCUGUGGGCCCCUGGGCAGCAACCUACGCCACAUAUCAGAGUGGUGAGGUCAACACUCGCUCCCCUACUCCUGUCUGGAUGUUGGUGGUCGCAGGCUUUCUUCUCGGUGCAGGAUUCUGGUUCUAUGGCUACCAUAUCAUCCGUGCUCUUGGCAACAAGAUCACCCAGAUGUCACCCACCCGUGGAUUUUCCGUCGAACUUGGUGCUGCCAUCACUGUUCUAUUGGCCUCCCGUCUCGGUCUUCCGGUCAGCACGACGCAAUGUCUGGUCGGCGCUACGAUGGGUGUCGCUCUGAUGAACUACGAUUUUGGCGCAGUGAACUGGAGGCAGCUACUUUUUAUCUUUUGCGGAUGGGUACUCACCCUGCCCUCCGCAGGCCUGAUCUCUGGCUUGCUCUGCGUUAUGGCGCUCAACACUCCUCACUUCUAG